GAGAGUAAAAAUACGAACUUCAAGAGCAGUUUCAAGCUUCCCGAAGCAACGCUUACAGAUUCAACGAGACAGAGAGAGCGCCGGAAUCACGGAAGAACGAGGGCAUUUCCGAUGAGGGAUUCCAUCCAAAUCUCCACGCAAGCAACCCUCUGUAUCCAGCAUCCACAAUGAGAUCGGAGCAGCACCGUACGACGUCCGCCGCCUCCGCGUCGCCGUUCGAAUCCAAGCAAACUGGACGGCGAUUCGACGUGAUGAGAAACCCUACGCCGGGACGGAUUGCGAGGGGAGUCUUACCCUCGAAAUAUGCUGCUGCUGCUGCUGCUGUUGCUGCUGUUGUUGCUUCUUUAUCCUGCGGAGCGGUGAUAAUCAUCUCGGGUUUCAAGGUUUUAGAUGAGUCGGAGCCCAGCGAGAAGGAUGGGCCUCCGCUCCAGUUUUGACCUAUGGGACAGAAGGUUCGGACGCUUUGAGUUGGGAUUUUUGCUGGGGGGAAAAUUCCGUACUGGACUCUGAGCGACGGACCAUCCAGGCACUCUUGUUUAAUCCUCUCUCCUGAACCAGACCAUGGCCAUUGCAGAGCUCUUUCUUGGCGCCUUUCUUCAGGUGCUGUUUGAGAGGUUGGCCUCUCGCGAGCUGCUCAACUUUGCACGGCACGAGGGGAUCGACAUGCUGCUGAAGAAAUGGGAGAAGAUGCUGAGCAGUAUCAACCAAGUGCUGGACGAUGCAGAGGACAGGCAGCUGACCGGCGAUCUCGGGGUGAAGUCGUGGCUUGAAGAUCUUAGGAACUUGGCCUAUGACAUCGAAGACUUGCUAGAUGAGUUCGCCACAAAAUCUGUGGAAAACAAGUCCAAGGCAGAAUCCAGCACUGGUAAGGCACGAUUCCUUCUUCCACGUUGUUGCUUCAAAAUGAGCCUGAGAGCAUUUAUGUUCGAUCACAAAAUGAGAUCCAAGGUAGAAGAGAUGGAUGGCAGAUUAGAGGAGCUCAUAACUCGGAAAGAUAGUCUGAGCCUAAUAGGGAAUAAUGGGAAGCGAUCAGCAUACCGCCAAUUAGAUAAGCUGCUUCCCACUACGUAUUUGCCCGAGCCUUGUUUUGUUAGCAGGGAGGAUGAAAAAAUGGAGAUCCUCAGAUUAUUGACUGGAGAAGAAGAUGAUAAAGAAUGUGUGGAUCUAAAAGUGAUUCCCAUUGUAGGGAUGGCAGGCGUAGGGAAGACGGCUCUAGCUCAACAAAUCUACAAUGAUGGUAAGGUUACUGGCUAUUUCGAUGUGAAAGCAUGGGCUUGUAUUUCCGAUGAUUUCAAUGUGCUUACUAUUACAAAGAAUAUCCUAGAGACAACCAACAGCCAUUUGUCCUGUGAAGGUAAGGACCUAAAUUGGCUUCAAGAUAAGCUCAAGGAAAACCUUUCGGGAAAGAAGUUCCUUGUCGUGUUGGAUGAUGUUUGGAAUGAGAAAUAUGGAAAUUGGACUAUCCUCUUGAAGCCUUUUCAAUCAGGAGUGAAGGGAAGCAAGAUCAUUAUCACUACUCGUAACCUGCGUGUUGCUUCAGGCUCUGUUUGGCAACUUGCCCAACAGUAA